AUGCGUCAACCUCAUCCUCAGCCCGGCCGAUGCGAUCAUGAAGGUGCAGCGGAGCACCGAAGAGGAGUGGCUGGCCCCGCGGCGGUGCCAGAGUCUCAACUUCCACCCCCCAAGGGGGGCUGCCAGGCGGGCUCCCAGGGGAAGGCCUACGGCGCCGUCGUCCGCCCCGCCUCAGUGUCGUCGCUCAUCCCUGCUGACCAGCUGCUGGCAUCCACUAAAUGCCGACCCGAUCAUUAUCCUAAACUGGGUCCCGCAACAACAAUUGACACCCUCCCCUCUCUUGCCUCCCCUCCCCGCACCUCCCCUCCCCUUCUCUCACCAUCCCUCCCCUCCCCUCCCCUCCCCUCCCCUCCCCUCUCCUCCCCUCCCCUCUGCGUUCCUGCUGCGUCUCUCCUCCUUCCCUCCAGUCACACCAUGGCUGUCCCAAAGCCUGCUCGUGGGACUGUGGGGAAGUGGCAGCAUGCGUUACAAGGCCCACGGGAGGGGAGUGCGUGUGCCCCGACACUCAACCCUACAAUGCCACUGACAGGCAGUGCCACGGCGAGCGCUGCUUCCUCUGCUAAGGCGGAUGCCUGCUUGCUGUGUGCUGGUGAGACUCAUGGGAUCUUUGUGCAAAUGCCAAGUGCCCGGAGUGGUCGUAUUGCGUGCGGCGUGCCUAAGGACAGGGGAGGCGUGUGUGCUACUGCCCCAACUGCGGUGCUGCUGAUCCCUGCGAUGGAGUUGAGUGCGGUUGCGACCAGCAGGGUUGCCGUUGCAAGGAACGGGCAAGCAGUGUGCGAGUGA